AUAGAUAUUGCGAGUUAUUGUUACUUGAAUAACACCCAUUGAUUUAACUAUAUUGUAUUAAAAUAAUGAUAAUUACUAGCAAUUUCAAAUAAUACAAAGCAAAGAGAAUAAAAAAGAAACUGAGAGUUUGAAGUACAACAAAAUGUUAAGCGAUGACGUCAUUCUAUAGACAGGAACAAGAUAGGAAACACAUAGGUAGGAAUCAAAAGAUAAUAUGUCUCUACGAUAACUGUGUUCGCGUAAUUUUAUAAAGUUUGAAGUGUGAAUGAUAAAAUAGUUAGUCAUUAAAAGUAGAUGCUUUACGUGCUCAUUACUCGUUCAUCCGUCUUACCAACAAUAUCUUAAAUCGCGUAAUCUUUUUACUGAAACAAUAAAUUAUCUAAGUGAAUACAAAUAACAACCGGCUUAAUGGCGAAGGUCGCAAAUUCUGGUUACGAUUUAUGCAAACGUAUCGUAGAACAGAUCGACGAUAAACAUGACAAUAAUUUUAUAGUUACCUAUCAAAAUCAUUCUUACGAUAUACACGAUUUUCUUUCUUAUCAUCCUGGAGGGAAAAAAAUAUUAAGUUGUUUCAAAAAUCGAAGCUUAGAUAAAGCCUUCAAAGAAAAUCCUCAUUCGCAAGCGGCGUUUCACCUGUUGGAAGAUUAUAUAUUGAAGAAUGAAGAAAAAUAUCAGAAAUAUGAAAAUCUGAUUGAUUGGGAUGAAUCUAUACUUGGACAAGUAAGCUCGUUAGGUGAAAAUUAUUGGGAAUGGGUUAAUUUACCGGUGAAUCGAAAUAUUAGACUUUUCAAGUCAAACUUAUUAGAGAUUUUAACGAUCACUCCUUGGUACAUAAUUCCGCUUGUAUGGAUACCGAUAUGCAUCUAUUUCUUUUAUUCAGGAUGGAUACAAAUUAAUUUCAACGAUGCUGAACUAACUACCUUAUUUGAAAUUUUAACUUCUUAUAUAUUUGGUAUAUUGAUAUGGACUCUAUUCGAAUACGUGGUUCAUCGUAAAGUUUUUCACUUUAAACCACCUAAUUCUUCAAAAUUACUUAUUACUUUCCAUUUUUUACUCCAUGGAAUUCACCAUAAGACACCAUUCGAUAAUAGAAGAUUAGUAUUUCCUCCUGUACCAGCUUUGCUAAUAGCAAUAUUAUUAUUUCAUAUUUAUAAGAUACUAUUUCCUCAAACUUUUUAUUUUAUUAUCGCUGGUACAGCAACAGGUUACAUGAGUUAUGAUUUAAUACAUUAUUAUAUACAUCACGGUGCGCCAAAAGCUGGAACAUAUUUUUAUUUAUUGAAAAGGAUUCAUAAUUAUCAUCAUUUCUCACACCAUGAAUUGGGUAAUAUUGAAUUAAUUUUUGUUUUCGAAAUAUUAGACAAAUUUACAGUAAAAUUAUAUUCUUUAGGAUUUGGUAUCAGCAGUAAACUAUGGGAUUAUGUAUUCGGAACGACUAUUUGUUUACGAAAAUUGACAAAACCGAUUGAAUGGUAAAUCGAUCAAUGAAAAAUAAUUUAUAUGUGUAUUAAAAAUAAAAACUUUUUAUAACAAAUAAGUACAAAACAAAA